AUGGCCACCGCAGGGAGUUCGGAGGGAAAGACUGGCGAGUCGAUGUUUAGCAAGGAGGGUGAGAUGGCCACCGCAGAGAGUUCGAAGGGAAGGACUGGCGGGUCGAUGUUUAGCAAGGAGGGUGAGAUGGCCACCGCAGGGAGUUCGAAGGGGUGGGAGUACGAGUUUCGCGGGGUUACGAUCGCCACCAUAGAGAGUUCGAAGGAAAGGCCUGGCGGGCUUAGCAAGGAGUUCCAUCAGGCUGGGCUCUGUUUGCAGAAUAGUAUUCGAGAGAUCGAGGCCAAGAUUUCGAAGAUUGGACAUUGCGACCAAGGUGAAGGGAAGAACUUCGAUUAUCUUCACGUGUUCAGAUCGGAUAUGCUCGUCUUGUUGGCCAAGAUCUUCCGUUUGGCCUAUGAGGAGGGCCAGCAGACCGCCGGUUGGAUCGGCAAUAAAGAAGAAUCGAUGGAGACCGAGAGCAAGAUUGGCGACUGCAGAGAGAUAGAAACUCUAGGGAAGUCGUCGAAGGGAUGCAGAAGUGCCGGAUACCUAGAACUCGAGAAUCUGCUCCAUCGUGCCAGAAUCCAAAUCGCUGAACAGAUAGGCAGAGGCUUUCAAUGCAGGGGGCUGCAUGAUCUGGUUGCAAAGGAGACCCAGGGGCACGUUGUUGGCCAGGCACACAGCCAACUCCCCUGGGAUACCGUGCCAGAUGUGACAACUGAGAUCCUGUUAAAAUUUGAGAAAGUGGUCGGUGACAUUGACAAGCUAUUUCAAGCAGAAAAGAUCCGGAAGGAGGCAAUGGCAGUGCUGAGGUUCGGCUUCAGACUGCACUUGUUCUCCGAGCAGAUUGUGGAGCUGCGGCACGAGAUGUCCAAAAUGCUGCAAUCGUUCUCAUCAGUAAACAAAGAUAUAAGGAGCACAUUGCUUAAGUUUAUUUCUGAGCCAUACUUAGGCCGUAUCUGCAAAUUGCAACGGAUCUCUGAGCGUCUUAGUAUGCUCCAGCGAAUGUACCCAGAUUUUAACACGAAAUUGAAAUCAACAAUCAUCAAGCUGAAAUCAGAAUCAUUCUCCUCAGCAAUGGAGGAGUUGAAGCAGGAGGAGGAGAGCGGCAGGGAAGGAGUGGCCGCAGAAGGCCAUGGAGACCAAAAAGUUUCCAUGGAGAUGGAGGGGAAGAGAUUCGCUUCCUAUCGUCGCUGCUGGGAAUGUAUAUGGGGCAACGACCGCAACUUCGAAGACCAGACAUUAUUGAGCCCCAUGCUCUUUACACAUUGCACAACCCGCAUCCCAAGUGAAGCUGUCGCAGGGAGUACCUUGCAGAUCUACUCCAUCAAAAUCUCAACAGCAAACGAACUCACAUUGCCACUGGAGGUGUACGGAGUGGUUGCAGUCCGAGAUGCUGUGGACCGUCAUCGCAAUCCUCUAUUCCUUCGUUCAAGAAUACAUUGCCAAGUCCUCGAAAAAAAUGAUUCUUUUUUGAGCUUGACUGGCCCGGUUCGUGCAAUUGUGUCAAUGGACACUGUUUACAUCGAAAUCCAACUAAAAGUAAAGGGCGCGACAGAAUCUGAAGAUACAUCAUUGAUCAGUACAUUUGGCUUUUACAAUGGUGAUAGUUCUGGUAGCUAUCUCGCCAAAAACAGUUUGUGCACAGUGGAGUUAUGCUAUGAGCAACUUAAACAGUCGGUCCAAGCCACUAUCGUGGGUGUGUUUGUUACACCCAAACAGGAAUCAUUGCCUUUUCCAUAUGGCGGCCGAGUGAUUUGCUCCUCACUGCCUCAGGAUGGUAAUGAAGACAUCGAUGGGCUCCCACCUAGGGAAGUCUUGCUGCUUGAUUCGAAAGGUGAAGGAAUGUCUCUGACUAGUAAUGGUUACCUUAGUCUGGCAAGACGUGUAGUUUCUGUGGAGUUAAAAGGAAAGCUGCAAGUCCUCAUAAUGGCUGAAUCAUCAUCACAAAAUGCUGAGAUUGCUGCUCAAUUCUUCUUCACACCCGAAAAAUACGACACAAGUAAAUGUGACUGUUCCCUCCCUGAUGGCUCUAAGGUUGAGAUUACUGUUGCUUGGUCCCUUGUUCCCUCGACGAUGCUACAGUCAGGUGACAGUCAUGAGGACAGUGGGAUGGUGACCGCAAGAUAUUCGAAGGGAAGGAGUGGCGGGUGCUUGUUAGGUGACUCGCUAUGCAUGGCUACAUUCUCAAUGCAGCAGAGUGUCAGUUGGGUCCAGGCCCGGGAGGAUAAGAUUUUGGAGAUUGGACUUCGCGAAUCCGCGGAACACUCGAAUCUUCUGAAGUUGAAAUUUGAUAUGUUGGAGUUGUUGGAAAAUAUCUUCGCUCGGGCCGAGUAUGAUACCCAUAGCAAAAUUUGCGAUGACGGUGACGUUCGGCCCGAGUAUGAGACCCAUAUAAAAAUUUGCGAUGACGGUGAGAUGGAAACUGGAGGGAAGCCUUCGAAGGGAAGGAGUGGCGAUGUUGAAUUGUUGAGGAUUGGCAAUGAAGGCAGAAUGUUGCAGACCCCGAGCAAGAUUGGUGACGGUGGCAAAUUGGUGCCCAAGCAUUUCAAGGAGCAGAUGGUCAGGUUCUCAAUGUCUGUAGCCAGAUCUGUCAGAAACGUGCUUGAGGAGGAGGCAGAGGCAGAGACCGAGACUUCGGGGGUGGUGCCGAUGGUCGGCUUCAAAUUAGGUUUGCUCUCCAGGCAGUUUGAUGAGCUGUGGGAUGACAUGCGCCAGCUUGUCUCAACAGAAGCAAAAUUUCUAGCAAUAUGCAUGCUUAUUCAUGAGCCCUUCGCACGCUAUUGCUCCACAUUGAAGUUUAUCUCUGCAGUUUUCAACCGGCUUUGUCGAUGGGUGCCAGAUUUGACAACGGCAAUGGGAUCGAUAAGGGAGCAUGAGGAGAUAGAGGAUGGGGAUAAGGUUGGGAAGUUUGUGAAUGAGUAUGAAGAGGAGAAGAAGGCUGAGCAGUUCUAUUUCAGUGCCCAUCGUGAAAACUGGGAAUUUAGUCGCAGCAACUUUGGCAGCUUCGAAGACACAAGUGAGUAA